ACCGUCGGGCUCCGCGCUCACCCCGCCGGCUCCCUCACGGCCCUCCGCCGCGGCCCCGCGGGUCCCUCGGUAGCGUUCGAGCGUUCCCCGCUGACCCUCCGGCGUUCCCACGCAGAGCAGCCCGCCGCGAUGUCCGUCAGCAGCCACGAGAACCGGAAAUCCCGCUCGAGUUCGGGCUCCAUGAACAUCCACCUCUUCCACAAGCCGGGCCACGCCGACAGCCUCCUCACCCACCUGAACCUGCUCCGCAAGCGGCACCUCUUCACCGACGUGGUGCUGCGGGCGGGGAACCACGCCUUCCACUGCCACCGCGCCGUGCUGGCCGCCUGCAGCCGCUACUUCGACGCCAUGUUCAGCGGCGGCCUGAAGGAGAGCAGGGACGCAGAAGUCAACUUCCACGAUUCCCUGCACCCCGAGGUGCUGGAGCUGCUGCUGGACUACGCCUACUCGGCCCGGGUGCUGAUCAACGAGGAGAACGCCGAGUCCCUGCUGGAGGCCGGGGACAUGCUGCAGUUCCAGGAUAUUCGGGACGCUUCGGCCGACUUCCUGGAGAAGAACCUCUACCCCGGGAACUGCCUGAACAUGCUGCUGCUGUCCGACGCGCACUGCUGCGAGCGGCUGCUGGAGCUGUCCUGGAGGAUGGCGUUGGCCAACUUCACCUCCCUCUGCAAGACCGAAGACUUCCUCCGGCUGCCCAAAGACAAACUGCUGGAGCUGGUGGAGAGCGAAGAGCUGGAGGUGGAGGACGAGACCCUGGUGUAUGAAGCUGUUAUGGGCUGGAUCCGGUACGAUCUGCCCCGGCGGCACGAGGUUCUGCCCGAGCUGCUGCGCUCCGUGCGCCUGGCCCUUCUGCCCGAGUCCUACCUGCGCAAACAGGUGGCCUGCGAGAAGCUGGUGAUCAGCCACAAGCUGGGGGAGGAGAUCGUGGCCGACGCCGUGCGGUGCAAAAUGAAGAUCCUGCAGAACGACGGCGUGGUGACGGGGUGCUGCGCCCGGCCCCGCAAGGUCAGCCAAGCCCUGCUGCUGCUCGGCGGCCAGACCUUCGUGUGUGAUAAGAUCUAUGUGCUGGACCAGAAAAGCCGUGAGAUCAUUCCCCGCGCCGACAUCCCGAGCCCUCGCAAGGAGUGCAGCGCCUGCGCCAUCGGCUGCAAAGUGUACAUCACCGGGGGGAAGGGCUCCGAGAACGGCGCUUCCAGGGACGUCUGGGUGUACGAUACGCUGCACGACGAGUGGGCCAAGGCUGCUCCCAUGCUGGUGGCGCGGUUCGGCCACGGCUCCGCAGAACUGGACCACUGCCUGUACGUGGUGGGAGGGCACACGGCAGUGAGCGGGGCCUUCCCGGCCUCUCCCUCCGUCUCUCUCAAGCAAGUGGAGCAUUACGACCCCCAGCUGGACAAGUGGUCCUUGGUGGCCCCUCUCCGGGAAGGCGUCAGCAACGCCGCCGUGGUGGGGGCCAAGAAGAAGCUGUUUGUUUUCGGCGGCACCAGCGCCAACCAGGAGAAGCUGCCCAAGGUGCAGUGCUUCGAUCCCUGCCAGAACCGCUGGACGGUGCCCUGCAGCUGCCCGCAGCCCUGGCGAUACACGGCGGCGGCGGUGGUGGGCAGCCACGUCAUCGUCAUCGGGGGGGACACGGAGUUCUCCGCCAGCUCCGCUUACCGCUUCCACAGCGACACUUUCCAGUGGUCCAAAUUUGGGGACGUGACGGCGAAGCGCAUCAGCUGUCGCGCCGUUACGUCGGGCAAUAGGCUGUACGUGGUGGGGGGGUACUGCGGGGCGCAGCGCUGCAAAACCUUGGACUGCUACGAUCCCUCAUCCGACACCUGGAGCAGCGUCACCACGGUGCCUUACUCCCUCAUCCCCACCGCCUUCGUCAGCACCUGGAAGUACCUGUCUGCCUGAAGAACGCGGGAGGCCAACGGUUCGUGUCGGCCCGGAGCUGCUCUGUAGCUGUGCUGCGUGAGGCUGAACCCCGAAGGGCUGCGCUGCCGUCCUGCAGCUCUCCCAGAAGCAUCAGCUCUGGCCAUGAGCUUCGAGGCUGGAGCUCGAAUGCUGCGGGAAGGCGAGUAUAAAUAACGAGACGCUGAACCUGGCAUCCUCGUCCUUCCACUGAGUCUCGGCCUAUGCAAAGAUUUUGGGGAAUGCUCGCUGUGAGCAGGAUUGGGUGUCCUGGUGCAGAAAGCUGUCUGAGCCCGAUGCUGUGUGAGCCCACAGGGAGGCCGACGGUGCCACGAGGGGCAGCUGCUGCUUUUAGCACUGCUCCGUCCUCCUGGUGCCACAGUUAAUCUGUUGGUGGCACCCAAAUGUCCUGUGGGACGUGAGGGCUGAGGGCCGGUGCCAGAAUAAGAUUAUAGCUGGGAUUUCAGUCCCAGAACGGUCGGUAAUUGCCUUUGUAAGACAAGCCCUGUCUACAUAUAAACACAGGGUAUAUCCACUUCUAAUUAUUCUCUGGCGUCCCCUCGGUGCCAUUGCUUUCCUGCUACGCAGCAAUUAACUUCUUAAAAACUUGUGACCAGAAUUAAACUCUUCUAGACACUGCAGGGAGAAAAGAUGCUGGUGAAUCGCAGAUCCCUGCAGUGUCUUUGUUUGCUUUUUCCCCUUAGAAGAGAUCUGCUGCUCACACAAAGAGAUGUAAUUAAAUAUUCUGUAACACCUACAGAAGAUUCCGGGCUGCAGAGGGGAGCAAGCAUCGUUCCAUGGGCACAGAAUUCUCUUUUGCAUUGCAAGAUCUGAGGAGCGCUCCGGGGCUGGGGAUGGUGAGAGGGGUCCGGGUUCCCUCCUCCCUUACGAUCUCAGCCCAGAACCCAGAGGAUUCUUUUCUACUUCUUUCUUUCAGUCUUUUAAGUGGCCCUUACUGGGAAGGACAAAGGAAGCUCUUAAGCAACUGGCAGCUCCGGGCUGCUCCGCUGCCUGCGACUUGGAACGCGGUCAGCACCAGAUGCAGUUGCCUGUAAUGUCUUAACACGUGACAGCACUUUGCCCAUGGGCUGCUUCUGUACAUUUUUUAUACAGCAGUUGUGUGUGUUUAUUACUCAGCCUGGAGCUGCUUCAAUAAACCGGAAUGAAUCCCGCUC